AUUACAAUACUUGGGUUAAGAGAUAUAUUCUUAAUCAAAGUUGUAAUGUUUUAAAAAUUUAAAGUGUUUACAAAUCCCUUCCCUUUUCAUGUUCAAAUGUCCCUGUUGAUUCUACUCGCGGUUGCGUCCUUUACGAUUGAACAUGCUGUACCGUACGAGCAAUACCGUGAAGACGGUGGCGGUAGCGACGACGACUUCGACGAUCAUUAUGAAGAGGAAGCUUUCGUCUCGGGGACAGCAGUAACUGUUGCUGCUGACUUCCAUACAAGGAUGAGAAGGUAUAGAGACAAUCAUCCAACUCGCACUAUGAGCUCAGGUCAAAUAAAGGACGUCAAGGGAGCUCUAAAGCAGAUUCUAGCUGAUCGGAAAAUUGACAGCCAAAUCACAACAUUUGCUGAAACUUUGUCGGAUAUCCAAAACACAGAUAUAGUUUACGAAAACGUAGCUACAAAGGAUAUUCCGUAUACUGGAUUAACAAAAUUUGAAGAGUCCAACAAGAAAAUAUACGACGAGUUAUUAGACGAACUAAGUAACAAUGUUGAACGAAAUAUUGUAAGAUAUAAGCCGAUAACUAGAGAAGAGAAUGUUUCAGUAUCAAAAUCUUCUGGAACUGGUGCAUUGCUUGGUGCCGUUACAUCUUUUGAUACUUCUGAAUUAUUUCUAGCAAAAGCAAGAGAAGGAUAUGACAACGAUAAAACGGCAACUAUAAAAAGAAGGCGUCUGGUGUCUUUGACAAACAUUACGACCACAACGACAACAAUUGCCGGGCCGGCUUUUGAUAUACCGGCCCUUUUAGAAAUCGUAUCCAAUUUGACGUACGAUUAUGAGUCUAAUUUGACGAGAUUAUUCAACGAGACACUGCAAAAGUAUAAUAUACCAACGUGCAAGGUUCCUACGACAACAGAAGAAAUCACAACCCCGACUUCGGAUCAAGACAUCGAGAAUGCUUCAAUUGUAGCAAAGUGCUUUGUUUGUGGUCUGGAAGUGCCAGCGGUUCCACAAAAUGCGUAUUGCGCUGACGCUUUUGCUGGUGACUUCUUGCCACUGGUACCAGUGGAUCCUAAAGCGAGAGGUCAUAUCGCUCGAUACAGAAAAUAUUGUCGUUAUUUGAAUGUAGACAAAUAUGUUACAAGCCCUUUGGAGCCGAGUUCAGUGUUCGGUCGCUUCACGGGCGGCUGCUCGGUCCGGUGGGUGGACCUGAGUGGGAUUUACACUCAGCGCACUUGCAGGAACAGAAGACAUGCUGUCAUGGGCAAACACUUUGGUAGCAAGCGGAUGGCGAAGCUCGAAAUGGCUUUAAAGGACGUAGACAAUGGAUGUCUAAUUAGUCCAAUGGCUUCGCUGGUACCAUUUUCAAGAGGCAUAUCUCUAUACGCACGUUUCCAUGCUUGCGUUUGUACUGGAAAUUGGUGUAAUAAUGCGAUGUAUAAGCGGUCAUGGGCGGCGGCCAUUUUCGUAAUGUCAUAUUCAGUUUUGGCGGGAGUUUUGACCUGACAAGCGGAAAGGGGGACAUAUUUUUUUUUUGUUUUUAAAAAGCUUUCGCUUUCGGUUCUACAGAUUUCAAAAUGGAUUCAUUUCGAAAUUUUAAAUAUCAUUUUGGAAUUAGGAAAUAUUGUUAGACUCGAUAAAUUCUGGCUAAUGAAUACUUUUUGUGCAUAUCUACAAAAACAUUUUGAUCUUGUAUGAACACCGUAAAAUCUAUGUUUUGGGUUUCUUUUAAAAGCUAUAUUGAUUGGUUUUUGCGUAAGUUGAAGUGUAUAUCUUAA